AAAUUGAAAGCAAGCAGCACCGGACACUAGUUCUACAAUCUAUUGUAGCACUCUUCAAGCUCUAUCCUCUGCCAAAAACAACACCUUAUCUCUCUUAAAUUAGUCUAAACAAUGGCUCCAACACUUGCUGAUCCAUUCAGUGAUCCCUCAGCUUUGACUGAUUUCGUUAUUAGCCAAGGUAAUGGAGUGAAGGGCUUGUCUGAAGUGGGUCUCAAAGCCCUCCCUAAGCAAUAUAUCCAACCUUUGGAAGAAAGGAUGUGCAUGACCAACAUCAUAGCCCAAGAAUCCAUUCCCAUCAUUGAUAUGUCAAAUUGGGAAGACCCCCAAGUGGCGAAAUCAAUUUGUGAUGCUGCUUCUAAAUUGGGGUUCUUCCAGAUUGUUAACCAUGCUGUGCCUGUUGAAAUGCUAGAGAAUGUUAAAGAGGCGACUUACAGCUUCUUUGGGCUGCCGGCUGAGGAAAAAAAUAAGUAUUCCAAGGAACAUUCAUCUUCAAACAAUGUGAGGUUUGGCACAAGUUUUAGCCCUCAAGCAGAGAAGGCUCUCGAGUGGAAAGAUUACCUUAGCCUGUUUUACGUCUCUGAAGAAGAGGCUUCUGCAUUAUGGCCUCCUGUCUGCAGGGAGCAAGUGCUAGAUUACAUGAGGAAGUCUGAAGUUGUCAUUAAACAGCUAUUACAGGUGCUAAUGAAGGGUCUAAAUGUUAAUGAGAUUGAUGCAACAAAAGAAUCAUUGUUGAUGGGUUCAACGAGGACUAACCUUAACUACUAUCCCAUUUGCCCAAACCCAGAACUUACAGUGGGAGUAGGGCGUCACUCUGAUGUCUCGACCCUCACAAUUCUCCUUCAAGAUGAGAUUGGGGGGCUUUUCGUAAGAGGAAACCAGGGUGAUAACUGGAUUCAUGUUCCUCCAAUUAAGGGUUCUCUUGUGAUCAAUGUUGGAGAUGCAUUGCAAAUAUUGAGCAAUGGCAGGUACAGGAGCGUUGAACAUCGUGUGGUCGCCAAUGGAAGUAAGAACAGAAUUUCUGUCCCCAUUUUUGUGAAUCCAAGACCUGGUGAUAUGAUUGGACCGUUGCCUGAAUUGGUCGAAAGCGGUGAGAAACCAAUUUAUAAGCAAGUUCUUUAUUCAGAUUACGUCAAACAUUUCUUCCGUAAAGCGCACGACGGGAAGAAAACAGUUGAAUUUGCUGAAUUAUAAACAUGAUAUAAUAUUUUCCCUUCAUCCAUUAUAAGUUUGUUUAUGUUUUGAAGGAAAAAAAAAAGGCUGAAAUGAAUAAAUUUACAAGCAUAAAAGUAUGUUAAUAUGCUCAUAGAAACUAGCUAUCGUGCAAUAGAUGUAUUUUGUACUAAACCAAAAAAAAAAAACAAAAAAAGCUUAUUGAAAGCAUUCUUUUUAGUUAUUUCCCCCCAUUCUCCUUGUGAACAAGUUUCAAAUUUAUUAGCAACAGGGGAUAGUCAGGGCCACGGUCCUUCAAAAAAUUUUCACCUUUUUUAUAUUACAGCGCCUGAGUCCACUAAAAUAUUACUAUGAUCUUCUUUCUCCUUUGAAAUUAUUAUUUAGUGCUUCAUUUAUUCAAUUUCUGCUUUCGCCCCGAGGUUAGUGUGUAUAAAAGAAAUCUC